AUGCAAAAGCGCACGUACUUCGAGGCGGCUCCGCCACCCAGCGUCAACUCGAAACCUCGCGCAAUCAAACCGGCUCCGGAGUCCGAUCAUGAAAGAGCAGGACGCUUCCCUUCAGUGGACGAAAGCCUCCUGUUGAGCCUCCUUCCGGACUAUUGUGCCCUCGUUUUCCCGGCCAGCCCGAUCGUGGAUGAGAAUGGAGUACGAGAGUCCAUUUCCCGACUGAGGAACAAUAGAGAUGAUGCCGCCUUUGCCUAUGCUUACGCCGCCGUCACCGUCUGUUUGACACCUCCGAAGGAAUAUCUCGACGCCUCCCCUCUCAUUGCGGACCUUGUUUCGCGAGCUCUUGAAGCGCGAUCUCCGAUCAUCCAUCACCGAGAUUUGAGUAUUCGGCGAAUCAUGACCAGUGCGUUUGUCCGUAUUUGUUUCGGCUUCCUGCAGGAGGUUGAAAUGGAGUUCGUCUACCUCCGGGAAGCCAUUACGAUGCUCGAAUUACUCCACCUUCAACAUUCCAGCGAAGGAAGCCAGAUGGACUUCAGGGACAGGGUCACACUCGAACGACUCCAUUGGGUUCUUUUCAUUCACGAACGCAACUUUGUGAUUGCUCAUGAGGUUCAACCUCUUCUGACCGUCCCUCCGCCAUCCCCGGAAAACGCUUCCGACCUUCCUCGUCAUGUUCGAGAAGGCUUUGAUCGUCUCAUUGCGCUCUACAGCCUGCUUGACGAGGAUUUCUUUCGGAAUUGGCGCGAGAAAGACGAAAGCCCUCUUUUGACAUUAGAAUGGAUUGAGGGCAAGCAGACAGAGCUGAAUCAGCAGCUUGAAAAACUGCAGGUCGCCCAGUCCAUCCUUUCCGAAAUUCAGCGGGCCGAUCUCAUCGUCACGGGUCAAUGGAUCCGUACCCUCGUCUGGCAGAUGGCCAUGUCAAAGCAUCUCCUCAGCUCUGUUGCCGCACAGGACUACAUGUUACUUCUGUUUCCGGUCCAACGUUCAGCAUAUCUACGACGCGUGCUGGAGAAGAUAUCUCGUCAGUCAUUAGAACAACAGGGCCGUAGCAUAUUCCAGAAAUUGUUUGAACUGAUCAACACCGCAGCUGACGUAGUGAGCCUCGCCGGGCAAUUUGGGAAUGAUGAAGAUAUGAUCAACUGGAGGGACGACUGCGUCUAUCUGAUCCACUAUCUCCAGGACUUCCGAGGUCUUGAUCCCAUGCUGGAGAAAAUUCUCCGCGAAAAGUUACAAGCACUAGAGUCAUUACAAUUGACCGACUUACAUGCAGGCUCCCCUGUCACCAGAGACCAUGGAUCAGUGAUGCCCUGGUAA